AGUAAGUCAACAAGUGAAGACGAAAUCUUGCAUCAAAAAGUUAAAAAGAUCAAAAAUGGAUUAUUCAGACUUAGUUUUUGAAGAUUUAAUCAAAUUUCCUGAACUAGCAUCAAAAAUAUUCGGAAACCGGAAACAAAAUCCAAAAUUAGAACCCGAGAAUUAUGGCAACUCUGAACUAGAACCAGAACUUCAAACAGAAAGUUCUUACAUCAAAUUGGAACCUCAAGACAAUUGUACACAAAAAUUUCCAGCUAAGAUUAAGUCAGAAGACGUCCAAACCGACAACAAUCAAGCUGUAUUCUACCAACAACUUCCAAUCAUUCUUGACUCAUUUUCAAUUCAUCAAACUGACUUAAUCUUCUUCACCACUGAAAACUUCAAUCAACAAACUCAAUUUAAAGAAGCUUCUAACAAAUCCAAACCAGCACCUGACAAUGAUUAUCAAAAAUCACCGGAAAAAUCUCAAAACAAACAAAGAAAAUGCGACAAAUGCGAAAAAUCCUUCCCAAAUCGUAAACAUCUUUAUUUUCAUAUGAAAAUUCACGAAAACCGAAUUCCAUGUGAAAUUUGCAGCAUCAGCAUAAAGCCAUACUUACUCCGAAGACACAAACAAACUCAACAUUUAAUAACUGACGAGAAAUUUAACUGCAACAUUUGUGGAAAAACUUUCAAGCGAUUAAAACUUCUCACAAAUCAUGAAAAAACUCACGACAAGAAAUUUGAGUGUAAAAUUUGCAAGAAUAAGUUUGCGCAUGGACAUGAACUUAAUGAGCAUGUCAGCAAGAAGCAUGAAAAUCCAAAUGCUUUUGAGUGCAAAAUUUGUGAAAAAAAGUUCAAUUUAAAGAAGGUUCUUAUAAGACAUGAAAAGACGCAUGAAGGAAAGCAGCAAAAGGAGCUUAAAUGUGAACAUUGUGACUACUCAUCAGAUGAUAUCCGAAACUUAAGAAGACACAAGAAUAAAAUGCAUAAGAAGAACAUUUUAAAAAUUGCUUAAUUUACUAAUAAAAUGGAAUUAACAAACUUUUAAAUUAAAAGCCUUUUUUUUUUGUGAACAGAUAUUUCAGAUUGGUUCCAGACCCUUCUCCUCAAGACCAAAUUGAAGGAAUUUCAU